CCUAAAGAUUUCUAAUCCACUUGAACGCAGCAUGACACGGGCUCGUCGUGCAGAUUCUGAUUGGGCUGCUGAGUGCUGAGGAAAAACAGGUGACGCCAUAUUGUCAGCUUCCGAAGAAAGCGCAACAUGUCUGCAAACAUGACCAAAUAGCAGACUUUAUCGACAGUAAACGCUAAAAUGGCGCACAUUGGGGCAAUGGAAGACGCAUCCCCGAAUGAUCAUUCUGCCCAGCAGGCGUCCAGUGUUUGCCUGCGAAGUCGACCAUGCUCCAGCGAGAGAGACGGUCAGGUACGGGCUGUCAAAGCUGCUCUUCAGACCAGGUUGGGGCCCUACGAGCCCGUCCUGACCUACCUACAGUCUGUCCUAGUUUGGGAAAGACCCUUACAGUGUGUGCUUCUCUACACUGUGGUCAACGUUGUGUUCUGGUUCUUCGCCCUGACCUCACUGCGCCUGCUGUGCCUGCUGGCUUCUGGUCUGGCUGUGAUUGUCUUUGUUGACACCUGGAGAAACAAGAUCUGGCCAGAGAUCGGAGUCAGAAAUCAUGACGAAGCAGAAAAUGAAAGCUGGGGUCUGGUGCAACCUGGCAUCCUCAGUGUGCCUGAACUAUGCCACCACAUCGCUGAGGCCUGGGUCAGUGGAGCCGUUAUCACAUCCAGUGCGAUGCAGUACAAACAACAUAACCCUGGCAUGUUCUGCCUCCUGACCUGUGGAGUCUUCGCCUGCUUGGCUGUGAUUGGACGCUACAUUCCUGGAUUGGUGCUCUCAUACUCUGCCGUGUGGGCUACUCUCCUGGCUCCUCUGGGAGCCUAUCACAGAGUUUUUCAGCAUGUGUGUGUGAAGCUGGAUCCGGUCCUGCAGCGACUGGACUUCAGUGUUUGUGGAUACAUGAUGUCAAAGCCUAUUGAUAAUCAGUUCCUGCGGAGGCCACUCCGUGGAUUAGCUUCAGGUAAAGACAGUGAUAGCGAGGAGGAGGAGUUAGCUGCUUUCUGCCCAACGUUUGAUGAUGCUGUUGUUGCCAAGGAACUCGCACUGACCGACUCUGAGCACUCUGAUGCUGAGGUGUCCUACACUGAUAAUGGAACAUUUAACCUAUCGCGGGGCCAGACUCCACUCACGGAGGGUUCUGAGGAUUUUGACAGACACAGUGAUGCUGAGGAAUCCUUUGCUCAAGACCUGCCAGACUUCCCCUCCAUAAACCCUGACGCUACUUUGAUGGAUGACGACGAUGACACAAGCAUAGAUCUGCCUAGUCUGGCUAUGUAUGGGCGAGCUAGUCACCGUUCAGCGCUGGAUGUAGACGCUCAUUUUGAUUCAGAUCAGGAGGAUCUGGAUGAAGAACUUUCUCUCAGCGGUCUGCCACCUGCCUCUGAUUUUGCCGGAGACUUGGCUGGAGUCAUUGCCAGCAACAUGAUCCAGGCAGCGCUGGCCGGGGCAAUGCAACCUCAGCGUCCUACCACCCGGCGCAGAGAAGGCCCACCCAGGGCCGGGGUCCGCCGAAGCUACCGCAAGCAGUCCAGCUCCGAGCUAGACACAGACAUGGACGGGGAAGACUUUGAAAUGCUGGAUCAGUCUGAACUGAACCAAAUGGAUCCGCUUGGAGGAGGAGCGGGUGCUCGACAGGGAGAGAGCCAGGGGUCUAACUUCUUGUCUAGCCUGCUGGGUAAACCACAGUGAAGUGUGCGUGUGUGUGUGAGUGUGUAUGUGUAUGUGUGUGCACAUGUAAAACUUCAUGGGCAGUGUAGAUGAGCUGUGAGUGUGCGAACUGAUUUUAGGUUCCAGCAGCCCUGCUCCUGAUUGGCAUCAGUUUUAUCACUGUGAAGAACUCAAUUCCUUUCCCUUUAAAAAAAAAAAACUUUAUUCCCUUUCUUUUAAACCCUGAUCUUUCAGAAAACAUUUACUUUGUAGGCUGAGCAAUAGGAAAUGCAACAAUAAACAUAUACGUUUUCUUUUUACAAACCAGCAUUAUUGAGCCUUGUUGCAGUCUUGCAAUUACAGUAUGGGCACCCAUAAGUUCCUAUGGUUCAUGUUAAUAACUAUAAAAAAAGAACAACAGUGUCCAUAAAAUCUUUUCUAUCUGGGGAUCGAAGACAUACAGGGCUAUUCAACAUGGGACCAAAUAUGACAUUCCUGUUGGUUGAGCUGAGCCAUGUGACUUCGAUAGUGACAAUAUGGAACAUCAUUGCAUGUUAAAGUUCAUUUAUUGUAACAGCUGAGUUAGUUAAAUCAACCUUUUAUUUUUUUCACCACAUUUUGUCAAUGAGUCACCAGUUAAUGUCGAUGUUCUGCCGUCCUUUCAAGUGACGUGGCUCUUAAAAGAUUUUAGUUAUUUUUUAAAGAUUUUUUGGGGGGCUUUUCCCUUUUUAUUGUAGUGACAGUAGACAGACAUGAAAGGGGGAGGGAGAUGGGGAUGACACGCAGCAAAUGGCUGCAGGUCAGAUUUGAGCCGGGCCGCCGCAGUACUCAGCCAACAACGCGCUUACUGGGUGAGCUAGAGGCCGCCCUUAGAUUUAAUGUCACAGGUAUACUGAUUUUAACUUUAGAUAUUAAAACAGCCAUUCUCUUUCAUGAUGAAUACAAUUUGGAUCAACGUUUCAGUUCUCUCUAUUUUCUUUCCCUUUUUUUGCCUUUCUCCUGUCUAACAUAUGAAGAUAUUUCAUGCAUUUUUGGGAGCUGAUUUUCUUUUCCUUAAAGAACGUCCCAUUCCAGUCUUGAGAUAUCUGAUCUGGAGUAACACUUGAUGUUACGCUUGUUGUUCAUUGUAUUUAUGAACUUGUGCCCCAGCAUGGGGAUGUCUGUUUCUUUUCUCUGUGUGAGUAAGUUUAGAAUAUUUUUAAUUUCCCUGCCCUUACAGCUCAAUGACAUAUAAUGUCCAUGUUUAAUACCUUGAACGAGCCCUAAAGGAAUAUUUCAACAAAUCUCUUAAUAUCUUUGUGUCAUCCUUGUAUUUCAUGUAGUUGACAGUCAUGCUGAACCUUUUAAGAGAAAAAUGAAACGUUCAUUUCAUAGAUAUUUUACUAUUUUAAUGGGGAAAUGUGUUCACAUUAAAUUUGGGUAGAGAAAGUAUCUUUUUUUUAAGUGUUUGUACAAUCUGUUGGUUAGCCUGAUCUCAUUUUGCUCAGACAAACUAUGUUAAAACUUUACUGUGGAAUUGACACUUAACACAAAUGAGCCACAGUUAAGAUUUAUUAAAAUGAAAUACAAAUGCUGGGUUUAUAAGUGGAAACACAUUGCUCUCUUUAAUUGUAUUACUUUAAAGGGGAAUUAUAGCUUCAAAAGAUUUAGCGCAAUAGAAAAUACUGCUGGAUCCAAAUUCAUGGAGGUAAAGUACACACCGACUGAAAUUGCUGGAAUUGUAAAGUUUAAAGAAGAAGAAGAGGAGGAACUUGGUUUGGCGCCCUUUGUUAACCAGAAUGUUGCUCAUUGCUGCUCCAUGAAGAGUCAUUUCCCGGAUAAGAGGAUUGAUAAUGUGCAUAUUUGUGUAUUUUCUUUGCUGUAACUGGUUUUGAUAUGUUUUGAUGUGCAAAUCAUAUUGAAUAAAAUGUUUGCAAUAAA